AUGACUAAUUUAAAGAAACUUGCUUUGUACAUUACAAUUGAUCGUCAUAGAACAUUUAUUGAUGGAAAUGAUUUGAAGAAGAAUAUUAUCAAUCGUUUACCUCGAUUAAAUAAAUUUGUAUUUAACAUUCAGUCAAUCAUUUCUCUUCAAGAUGAAAUUCAUUUAUUGUCAAAUGAAGAAAUUAAACGUACAUUCACAAGUUUUAUCGACAGUGGAAUUAUUUCUUGUGUUGAUUAUUUUCUAAAAGAAAAAACUGGUCAAUGUCAUGUUUAUUCAUAUCCAUACACAUUGAAACAUUAUCAUAAUAUUACAAAUAAUUUUCCAGGUGGAUUAUUUAAAUGUGUUCGUCAAAUAUCAUUAUGUGAUGAACGUCCGUUUGAACAUGAAUUUUUUCUUCGAAUUUCACAAUCAUUUCCAUUGAUGAAAAAAUUAUCUGUAUCUAAUCUGAAACGACCAAAAUACAAGCAACAUAGAAAAUUAAAGAACAAGAAUGAAGACUUUUCAAUCAUUAAAUAUCAUCAUCUUACUGAACUAGAACUUACUAUUGUUCAUAAAGAUUACGUUGAACUGUUUUUAGAUCAUAGAAGAACUUGUUUACCGAAUAACAUAUUUCUUAUUAUCGAUUAUCGUCCGUUGCGAAAAGCUACACAUAAUUUCAACAGAGAAGUAAUGCGCAUCAAUUGUGCUAAAUUAAUUCGACUUUCGAUUUAUGACGAAUUUGAAAUUUCUCAACAACUCAAAAAUUAUUUUCCUCAUGUGACACAAUUCUAA